GUUCGCAUAAUAUCGUGUCCAAUUAAUUGGUCUCCGAUGGAAAACAAAAUUUUCAUUAAAAUAAUAUUGGUUGCAGUUAUAUUAUCUAAUACUUUAGCUCCAACAUAUUCAAGAAAAAUAACAUGGGAAAAUGAUGCUGAUUAUUUCGACAUUUAUAGUUGGCUUGUGGAUAUAGAUGGGAAUGGAGUUGAAAAAAAUGUUGAUAAUCAACAAGUUUGUACAACACCAGAAUGCCAAAAAAUAGCACAAGAGUUUCUUCAUAGUAUGAAUAAAUCAGUUGAUCCGUGUGAUGAUUUUUAUGAUUUUACCUGUGGUAAUUGGAAUCAAUCCAGUAAAAUUCCAGGAUAUCUUCCAGCAUGGUCAAAAAUUCACAUGUUUCAAAAUGUGGUUCAUCUGAGAGUGAAAGGUAUAUUAGAGGAAAAGAUUGAGUCAGGAGACAUUUUGCCAGUCAGACAAGCCAAAAAAUGGUAUCACUCAUGCAUGGAUGAAGAUUUACUUGAAAAACGAGGAUUACAACCAAUAGAAACAAUUUUGAUGCGCUUUGGAGGAUGGCCAAUGACUAUUGAUGAAGAGAUGUGGGAUGAAGAAGAAUUUUCAUGGCAACAAGUUGAGGGAUAUUACUUUCAUUUGACAAGAUCAUAUAUAUUUUAUCAAUUCAAGCCAAGAGCAUUUUCAUACGAUGACAUUGGUAUUCUACCUGGUGAACUUCCUUUAAUUGGAAAGCUUCCGCUUAAAUAUAGAAAUUACACUGGUGAAGAUUAUGAUGCUUAUCAGACUCUAGUUGAAAGCGUUGCAAGGAUUUUUAUUGCUGAAAAUAAAGCUGAUGUUUCUGAAGAGGUGUUUCAAAGGGAUGUGAGAGAAUUAGUUGAAUUUGAAAAAAAGUUAUUUACAAUUCAAAGUGAUGAAUAUUUCGAUUGGAAAUUCGACACGUUUGGUGAUUUUAAAAAAUGGUAUCAUGACAAUAUAACAGCAAUCAUUGAAGAGAAUGGUGAGAGUGAAAAUAAUAUUGAUUAUGAUAAUAAGGACGACAGUUAUGUCAUAGACUUUGAUAAAUUGAUGGGCAGGAUGUUCGAUAUGAUUAGUCUAACUUAUGGUGAUGAUUUGAAUGUUGGAGUCUCUGACAAAAUGUAUUUUCUAAAAUUAUUCGAAGUCAUGAGAAAGACAUCCAAAAGGACAAUUGUUAAUUACAUUCACUGGCAUUUUGUAAGUAGUAUGCUUGAAUAUUCAACAAAAGAUUUGAAAGAUAAGCUCUUUGAAUUAAUGGAGAAAGAGUAUGGUAUUACUGAAAGACCUCCACGAUGGCUAGAGUGUAUUCAAGAAACGAAAAUAAUUGAUGCUGUAGCUUUUGGAUUUAUGAAAAAAUAUUUCUCUAAAGAAACUGAUAAAAAAAUACAAACAAUCGUAGAAAACAUUCGUAAAAGUAUGCGGAACAUCAUCGUUACCUCGAAUGUAAUAGAUGAAAAGACACGAACAAAUAUGUUAGAGAAACUUGACAUAAUGGAUUUUGAUGUUGGAUUUCCUGACUGGUACAAAAAUACUUCUAUCAUUAUUCAAGUGUAUCGUGGUUUGACCAUUGGCUCUGAUUACAUGGAAAAUGUUUUGGCCUAUAGAAGAUUCUUAGUGAAGAGAAGAAUGCGACUACUCGUUGAACUUGAAGAUAUAUGGUUAAGUGAUGAGAUGAUGAUUACAGUAAAUGCAGCAUAUGGAGGUGGCAGAGUGCAGGUACCACCUGUUGUUUUUCAACCACCUUUGCUCGCACCACAAUUACCAGAAUUUGUUAAUUACGGAAUAAUAGGAACUGUGCUGGGUCACGAAAUGGGACAUGGAUAUGAUACUCGUGAAUUUCGUUAUGCUGAAACUGACGCUGAUAUGGAGAGAAUAAGUAGAGAUAAUGGAAUUUGGAAAAAAUUAUUUGAUAAAGCUAAAUGUUAUGCUGAUCAUUAUAACAAAUUGUAUAAUGAUUCUCAACGUAACUCUUCUGAGGAACCAAGUUCAGGAUUUCGAACUCUGAGGGAAAAUCUUGCUGACGCAACAGGAAUCCAAUCAGUAUUUCAUGCAUAUAAAAACUUGAUGAGUAAAAAUGGGAAGGGCUUAAAGCUUCCAGGCUUUGAGGAUUUUACUGAUGAGCAAAUGUUCUUUAUUUCAUUUGCUAACAUUAUGUGUGAAGCUUCAACUGAGAAAUAUGCAGAGCUAUUGAAACGCCUAAAUUCUCAUAGUAUUGGUCGUAUUCGAGUAAUAGGUGGAGUUUCAAAUAUGGAAGACUUUGCAAAAACUUUCAAUUGUCCUAGAGGAAGUCCUAUGAAUCCUGAACAUAAGUGUAACCUUUGGCAAGAAAAAUCUGAACAAAAUAUCAAGAAACGUCUGACCAAAGUUCACAAACAUUCCAAAUUAAUUUAUAAUUAAAACUCUGAUGAUGAAAUGUAGCUCUAAAAACAUCAAAUAAUUGAUACAACUAUUUUAAAUAUAUUCCUAUUUAAGAUUUAA